CUUCCUUUCUUCUCCAGGGUUAUUGCUGGAGCUCCCUGCCAGCACUACGAAUCCACUGCCCCUGGAGGCCUGUUUCAUCCCAUGGUUGUUGUUGGAUAGAACAGAGAGAAAUCAAGAGAGGGAGAAAGGUCCCAGGUGGGGAGCUGUGGCCGGGAGCAGCCAGGACCCAGGAGCAGCCCCCCAGCACCCUGCCCUGCCCUCCCCUCCCCUCCCGGCUGCGCUCCCCCUGCCAGAGUCCCGGCCCAGACCAUGAAGAGAUCUCUGGGGACGGUGUCUUUCGAGGACGUGACGGUGACCUUCUCCUGGGACGAGUGGCAGCUCCUGAGCGCCGCCCAAAGGACCCUGUACCGGACGGUCAUGCUGGACACCUACAGCAGCCUGGCGGCCCUGGGGCACUGCGCGGCCAAGCCCGGGAUGAUCGUCAAGCUGGAACAAGGAGCAGAGCCGUGGACAGGGGCACAAGCUCCCCCCUGGAGCCUCUCAGGGCACUGCGCGGUCAAGCCCGGGGUGAUCAUCAAGCUGGAGCAAGGAGCAGAGCCGUGGAUGGGGGCACAAGCUCCCCCCCGGAGCCUAUCAGGGCACUGCGCGGCCAUGCCUGGGGUGGCCGUCAAGCUGGAGCAAGGAGCAGAGCCGUGGACGGGGGCAGAAGCUCCCCCCCGGAGCCUCUCAGGCCACUGCACGGCCAAGUCCGGGGUGACCAUCAAGCUGGAGCAAAGAGCAGAGCCGUGGACGGGGGCACAAGCUCCCCCCCGGAGCCUCGCAGGGCACUGCGCAGCCAAGCCCGGAGUGAUCGUCAAGCUGGAGCAAGGAGCAGAGCCGUGGACGGGGGCAGAAGCUCCCCCCCGGAGCCUCUCAGACCCAGACAGGCAGAAUGAGAGAGACAGAGCGCUCCAGGGCCGCCCACCUGGGCCUGACAGCCUGCAUAAGGACCGGCUGAGCCCCCCUCCCCUCUCGGACACGUCGGCACAGUGGCAUCCCCAGCACAGUCUCAACCAUGGGCCCCCCCAGACGUCGCCCCUCAGGACAGCCGUCCGCUGGAAGCCCUCAAGUCCCCUGGCCACGCCGAUGGCCGAUCGGAAGACGUCCAGCCGGGGGCCCAGCCUUGCUUUCCCCCCGCGACCCGCCCCGAAGCCACCCGUCCAGAGACCCCGGAAAAGACCCCCGGGGGAGAAGAAGGCCUAUGCGUGCGGCGAGUGCCAGAAGACCUUCGGCCGCAGGUCCAACCUCCUGGCCCACCGGCGCAUCCACACAGGCGAGAAGCCCUACGUGUGCCCGCAGUGUCCCCGCACCUUCUGUCGGAAGGGCAACUUCACGGUCCACCUGAGGACGCACUCGGGUGAGAAGCCCUACCGCUGUCAGCAGUGUGCCAAGAGCUUCCGCUGGAGGGUCACCCUCAAGCUGCACCUGCAGACCCACACGGGCGAGCGGCCCCACCGGUGCGGGCAGUGCCAGAAGACCUUUGCCGAGAUCUCGGGGCUCCGGAAGCACCUGCAGACCCACACGGGCGAGCGGCCCCACCGGUGUGGGCAGUGCCCCAAGACCUUCGCCCAGAAGUCCAACCUCACCGAGCACCUGCGGAUCCACACGGGCGAGCGGCCCCACGUGUGUCCCGAGUGCCAGAAGACCUUCUGCUGGAAGUCCAGCCUCCAGAAACAUCUCAGGACCCACACGGGCGAGCGGCCCCACGUGUGUGCCCAGUGCCAGAAGACCUUUGCCGAGAUCUCGGGGCUCCGGAAGCACCUGCAGACCCACACGGGGGAGCGGCCCCACCGGUGUGGGCAGUGCCCCAAGGCCUUCGGCCAGAAGGCGCAUCUCAAGAAGCACAUGAACACGCACGCCCGCCAGAGGCCCGGGGGGGACCACGGGCAGCAUCGGGCCGGGGACAAAGCCUACGGCUGCCACGAGUGUCCCCUGACCUUCCGCCUCAAGUCGCAUCUCCGGAGACACCGGAGCGCCCACGCCGCAGACGCGCCCCAGCAGUGCGGCCAGUGUCUCAAGACCUUCGGCCGCAGGUCCAACCUCCUGGCCCACCUGAAGACGCACACCAGCGAGAGGCCCCACGCCUGCCACCAGUGUCCCAAGACCUUCAAGUGGAAGUCCAACCUCAACGUGCACCUGACCACGCACACGGGCGACCGGCCCUUCCGCUGCCCCGAGUGCGACAGGGGCUACUCACACCCGUCGGCCCUCAAGGUCCACCUGAAGGUCCACACGGGGGAGAGGCCCCAUGCCUGCCACGAGUGCGGGAAGCGCUUCUGCUACAGGACCCACCUGCGGGAGCACCUGGGCACGCACACGGGCCAGAAGCCCUUCGCCUGCGCCCAGUGCCACAAAUGCUUCACCCGGAAGCCGAGCCUCCGCAAACACCUGCAGAUCCACUCGGGGGAGAAGCCCUACGAGUGUCGCGAGUGUCGCAAGACCUUCCGGUGGAAGUCCAACCUGGACGUGCACCUGCAGAACCACACCGGGGUGCGGCCCCACGCGUGCGCGCAGUGCCACAAGACCUUCUUCUGGAAGUCGCUGCUGCACAGGCACCUGAAGACGCACGGCCGGGCGCCGGCCGCCACGGGGAGGCCGUAGCCGGGGACAUCGGGGACGGCGCUCAGGAACAAUAGGAGAGACGCUGGCCGGGGAGUCGCACGUCACAGGGCAUCUGAGGAAGGGGACGCACGGGCCGGGGACAGGCAGAAGGGUGGGGGGUGCGGGGUGGACAGCAUCAGGGUUCUGCAGAGAGAUCGGCCUGCCUGAGGAGCCAGAGACCCAGGUUCAGUCCCUCGCGACCACCGUCAGCCAGAGCUGAGCAGGGCUCUGGGCAAAACCAAAAAGGGGAAGGGGAAGGGAAGGGAAAGGAAGGAAGGGAAAGAAGGGAAAAGGAAGGAAAAGAAAGAAGACGCACAGGAGCGACCCCACGAAUGUGCCCCCCUCUGCAUCUGGCUUCAGCGAUGCUGCUGGGCCAGGCCUGUGCUCAGGAAUCUGUCUCACUCCCGUGGAGGGAGCAGGCGCUGCCCCGCCUAGUCCGUCAGACUCUCCAGCCUCUGGGUUUGACACAGAAAUUGCGAGGGGAAGAGGAGGGACAGAGACAGGGAGAUACCUGCAGCCCCCCCCCCCCCCCCCCGCUCCAUCACUCGCAACGCUUCCGCUUCCCCACCCCCCGUAGGCGGGGGGAGCCGGGGGGCUCAAACCUGCAUCCUCGGAACACGCACGCACACCCAGCUGCGUCUCCGCCCGGCUAGCCCUCGCUUCUUGGUUUGGUCUGAUUUAAAAUUUUCUCCCCUGCCUGAUCUGUCUUUAUUGGCCAGAGACGGCCAGAAAUCCAGAGGGGAGAAGAAAGAGGGUGAGAGACAGAGAGACACCCGCAGCCCUGCGUUGCCACUUGCAAGGCUUUCCACCUGCAGGUAGGGACCGGGGUGAGGGUUGGGGGGGCCUCGAACCCGGGUCCUUGGGCACUGUUAACAUGUGCGUCACCAGCCGGCCUCCUUAGUUUCUUUUUAUUAUUAUUAUCUUUUUAUUAUUAUUAUUUUAUUCAAAAGACAGCCAGAUAUCAAGUGGGAAGGGGAGAGAGAGAGAGACCCCACCUGCAGAGGGAAAGCUUCACGGGUGGGGAAGCAGGGCUGCGGGUCUCUGUCUCCCUCUGUCUGCCCCUCCCCUCGCGAUUUCUCUGUCUCCAGCCAAGAAUAAGUCAACAAAUCAACAGCCCCUGUCUUGCUGUCGUCAGAGCCUCCUCCUGUUUCCCCUCUCAAGACCAAAAAAUUGGCCUCCCUCGUCCAGGGCAGCACAGGGCCAGAAAGGUGACACUAUGACAUUUUUUUUUUUUUGGGGGGGGGGGUCCUGAGACCAUCACCCCCCCCCCCAGCACCCUCUAUGCUCAAAUCAUGCCCUGGCUCAC